CCACGUACAAUGUGUACCGUGACCGCUGUGCAUAACGUUUACCAUCGCAACCGCCAAGCAAGCCUCAAUUGGCACGCUGCUGACCUUAGAUUUCUCUCGAAACGCAUCUCCACCUAUAUUUUCAUUUAAUUGCGAGGGGACAGACCCCGAGCCCCGCCGAGGCCGCCCAGAGGUCGUGUGGCGCACAUGGCACGGCGGCCGACUGCGCAUGGCAAGUGGCGAGUGGCAACUGGCAGUGUUUACUCCCGCCGCAUGUCCUUCCUUACCUCCGUCACGUAGCACUUUGUUUUUGUUUUCACUGCCUUUCCUUAUUCAUAAAGCAUGUCGAAUAAGUACCCGGUGCAGGACAGGAUGCGGGAGAUGUCGAAGCAGGAGGAGAUCCUGCUGAAGAGGAAGCGAGAGAUCGAGAGGAAGAUGAAGGAGCAGAAGCAGGCGGAGGCGAAGGCGAGCAGGACGCCCCCGCUGCCCAAAGUGCCAGCGCCUGCCACGACCUCAGCCUCGGUCACGUCUCUGAGUGUCCCCAGAUCUUCCUCAGUUCCAAACAAGUUCAGCAAUGAUGGGAGUUUUUUUGAGCAAUUCAAAAAGAUGUCAGGGCAGCAGACAGUAGGAAUUAAGGAGGAAGGAGACUCGUCUGUGAAGUUCAAAAGUUCCUUACCAUUGUCAACAAAGUCCAAAGCAUUAAACCAAGUCCCCCCACCUAAGCAGUUCCAUCCAGCCAUUUUUUCUCCCGAGAAAAAAAGUACAUUGUCGCCCAGUCCAGAGCCAGUAAAGGUUAAAACUGAAUUUGAUAUUGAAGAAAAUACCUCAUCUAUUCCUGAAUCAGUAAAAAAUGAAGCAGAUCAUCCUGAUUGGUUUAAGGAUGCCUUGAAGAGAGCCCAGGAAAAAGCAAAACAGUUAUCUCAGGCAAGCAGUUUCUCUCUCAGCUGGUUCCAGUGAAGAUGACAGUGGCAAGAGCCUUGACAGAGAGGAACAGCAGGUUAAGAGGAGGAAGAGUCGCUGGGAAGACUCCUCCCCUACCAAUGUGCCUCCUGUGCUGCCUGCGCAAGCUGCUCCCAUCGCAGUCCCACCCCCAAACACCAAGUUGUGAAUUUACCCGUA